CUGAGGAGUGGGCCAGUAAAAGCUAGUUGGGCUGAGUUGGCCUUCGGGACAUCUCAGCUCCGUCAACUGAUGCUUGUAUGCCUGCCUUUUUCCAAGCAUUUUUCAUCGUUGGCAGCAGCUACAAGCCUCACCAAAACGCUUUUGACAGCUCAAGUCAUUGCCAAGGGAAUGGCUCUGCCACAAAGGAUCCUCUUUCCCCCAGAGAAGAUAUGCAUGGACUGGCACCAAAGACAGAGGCCUGGAGCGGGACUCCUCAACCUGGGCAAUACUUGCUACAUUAAUGUCAUCCUGCAGUGCCUGACAUACACACCCCCUCUGGCCAACUACCUGCUCUCGCAUGAGCACAGCCAGUCAUGUCAACAGCAAGGCUUCUGCAUGAUGUGCGUCAUGGAAGUGCACAUUAGGAAGGUCCUGCAUUCCUCAGCCAGUGCCAUCCUGCCUGGGGCUGUCCUCAGGGACCUCAAAUUCAUAGGAGAAGAAUUUGAGUAUGGCAGGCAGGAAAACGCCUACGAGUUCUUACGCUGUGCUCUCAAUGCCAUGCAGAGAGCUUGUCUGAGUGGUAGCAGCGACUCGGACAUCUCUUCACAAGAAACUACCAUCGUCCAUCAAAUAUUUGGGGGUUUUAUGAGAUCCAGAGUCACAUGCUUGAGCUGCCAAGCAGUUACUGAUUCCUACAAGGCCUUCCUGGAUGUCUCUUUGGAUAUCAGAGCAGCCUCGUCCCUCACCACAGUUCUGGAGGACUGUGUGACACCCAAGGAGCUGGAUCUGAAAGAAUGCUUCAAAUGUAGCAAGUGUAAGAAGAAGGUUGCUGCCUCCAAGAGGGUCACAAUCCAUGAAGCACCCAGAGUCCUCACAUUAUGUCUGGAAAGGGCUGACCAAUGGACUGGCAAGAAGAUCAGCAAGUUUGUGGACUAUCCUGAGUACUUGGAUCUUCGGCCAUACAUGUCUGACACAGCUGGAGAACCCCUCCUCUGCUCCUUAUAUGCCAUUGUGGUGCACAGUGGUGACACCUGUCUUGAAGGACACUUUUUCUGCUACACAAAGGCCAGCAAUGGACUGUGGUACAAGAUGGACGAUGAGUCUGUGGAUAGUUGUGACACCCACACAGUUCUGGGGCAGCAAGCAUAUUUGCUGUUCUACGCCAGGUGUUCCAACUUGAAAAUGGGAGAAAUGGCGGCUUCCUCACCAGCACCAUCAUAUGUCCAUUCCAUCCUCAGUCAGACGGGGGGGCAGCAGUGAGCAGGCAGGUUCUGCAGGACCACAAGCUCUGCCUGGUAGGAUUAAGGUGACACACAGUGUCAGGAACAGCGCCAGGGAGAGGGCCCGGAGCAGAUCCCCACAGUGGGGCAAUGAUCUCUGCAGCUGCUUCAUGAACAGCACUGACUACGACAACUCAACGGGGAGGAGGAGGAAGAGAACUAGUUCUUUAGGCUGUAACCAUGCUCCCAGGGAUAACACAGCUCCAGGGCUCUCCAACUGGAUCUGCCAGCGGACACCUGCACUCAGUGCUGCUUGGGUGCAAACCCUGCCAAUACGGAGAUCCUCAUGGCGGGGCUAUGAUAUCUGGAGCCAGGUUGUGGAGAUCACAAACUCUCAUCAGUCAGUGAGGAGGUUUGAGCAUCGCAGAGAUGCACAUCAGUCAAACACAGUAUGAUGAGGCCAGACUGUCAGCCUGGAUUAGGGAGCAGCACAGCAUCUGAAAUGAACAAAACUAACACUCGACUGGAAUGAACAGGCAGAAAAGCCAAAGCCAGAAUUAAACCCCCUUAUUGGCCUGUGGAGGACCAGGCCUAAGCAUGUUUUGUCUCAAACAUUCUGUUACAACAGGAAAGGUAACUGGAGAAGAGGGUCCUGCAGAGCAGGGGCAGCAUGUUCUGAGCCAACUUCCUGCUCCACC